GGGGUGGGCAACCUGGCUCCCUACUCAUACUUCAACGUCAUGGCGCACAACCCGCCCACAGUGGCCAUCGGCUGCUCCACCAGCCGGCUGCGCAGCCACGGCAAGAAGGACACGCUGGUCAACAUUCUGGAGACGGGCCAGUUUGUGGUCAACAUCAUGAGCGAGUGGUUUGUGGAGGCAGCCAACCACUGCUGCGGCAACUUUGACUACGGAGAGGACGAGAUGGUGCUCAGCGGGCUGACGGCGCUGCCCUCAGUGCGGCCGCCGCGGGUCAAGGAGUCUGCUGUGCAGAUGGAGUGUGAGCUGCGGCACACUCACGAGGUCAAGGAUGCCGGCGGCAAGGUCACCUGCGUGGUUGUGAUUGGGGAGGUAGUGCUGAUGCAUGUGCACGACGGCCUGGUGGUGGAUAUCGAGAAGUACCGCCCCAUCUCCCGCCUGGGAGGC